AUGUGGGUCCUGCUGCCGGUCCAGUCGAUGCUACUCUGGACGACAUUGGAAGAAAAUGAAUUCUUCGCGCUCCAGGAGCACAAGGCCGCUCAUACAGUGCUCCAGGGCGUCAUGAACUCGUUUCGUACGACCCUCGGGGGCGAGAAGAAUCCCUACCUCUACCGAAUCAUUCUCAAAUCGCGCGAUAAUCAUUAUGAUGGAGAUGGAGGAAUUCAUCAGCAGCAUCCUUCAGAACUCGCCGUUGGAGAUGAGGAAGAGGAUCAGCUGCGACCGCUAGCCGCAGCGGUAGUGGCUGUGGGCGACAAGGAGGACGAGGUGCGCCAGCACUGGAAGUACCUCGAAGAACAGAUCACGCAGCAGCUGGGCCUGUUCGACCAGGCCUUGCGCGCAGAGGAGCGCGAGCUGCGGCGCUUCCUGCACACCAAGCUUGCCGGGCUGGCGCUCAAGCAGCGCGAGCAGCAGCGCAAAGAGAAGGACGACCUCAUCCUGCUGGCCAACGGCAUCCGGCCCAACCCUGAGGGCCUCUCGCGCGACAAGCACUUCCGCAACCUCCACCGCGCCACCAAGGUCCUCCAGGCCUCCAAGCAGGCCCCGUGGCAUCAGUACUUCGCCGAGCUGGCCCGCCACGAAGAGCUCACCCUCUGUUGUCGUUGCAUUUUGCUGCGACGGUCGGAGCGGAAAGGAAGACUGUUCGUGUCGGGUCGCCACGUGUGCUUCUAUGGCCGGGGCACCAAGCUCAUCAUUCCCUGGGUUGAGGUCUCCUCGCUCGCGCGCACAGCUGCCGAAAAUGGCUCUGCUAUCUACCUGGCCACCAGCGGCGGAGAGUUCAUAUUCACGCUAAGGGACCGAGACCAAACGCUGAUGAUGAUGAAGGAGAUUUGGCAUAUGACGUUGGACAACAUGGCGCGCAAGGUGACGGCCGACUUCGAUAUCGACGGUCCAUCAUACACCAACGCCUCCGUCUCACGUUCGGCACUGCCAUCGCCGUCGAUCCCCGUCGGACCGUCACCGCGGUUCUCGGGACCCGUCUCGCCACGAUUCUCGUCGCCGCCGUCGCCGCUCAUCACCGUCGCGAUGACGCUCACGUCGCAGACGCGCUCGCUCACCAAGGAGAUGCUGCAGACCAAGAUCGAGCGCGACCUUCACCGCAAGCUCUUCCGCCUAUCCACUGACGAGAACCUCAUUAACCGUAUGGUCGCAUUGCCCCCUCGGGUGGUUGAAAAGCUAAUGGCGCAAGUGUGGGGUUACAGAGUCUUCACGGUCGUCAUCAACUUUCGGGACGUGCAGGACGUGAAGCUAGUCGAUGGCAGGCUCAUACUCAUACAAACAUUGAAGAACAAGUCGACGCUCAACAACUGGGAACAGUUCCGACCAGACUACCGGGAACGCAUGAAGAAGCAAAAGGAGACCUGGGACCAGUACAUAAACAAGAACGGAUGGGGCGGAGAGAUGAUACAAACAAGCCACCUCACUGAGCUGGUCGCUGGCGGCAUUCCCGACGAAUAUCGAGGAAUGUUAUGGCAGCGAUUCCUGGGGUCAAUCUACUGCUUCAACUGUAAGCGAGGCGAGUACCAAAACAUUCUCAAAAUCUUUCACGGCAAACAGUCGCUGGCCAUCUCGGAGAUCGCACGAGAUGUGCACAGAUCGUUCCCGGACCAUCCCUAUUUUCAGACCAAAGCUGGAAGAGACGCGCUGCAGCGAGUUCUCACCGCAUACUCGUGGCGGAAUCAAAUUAUUGGCUACUGCCAGUCGAUGAACAUAAUUUGUGCACUGCUGCUGCUGUACAUGGGCGAGGAGGAGGCCUUCUGGAUGUUGCGCAUGCUGUGCGAGGAGUAUCUCCCACAGUACUGGACACCGGACAUGAUCGGUUCGAUCACGGACCAGCACGUGUUCGAGGAUCUGGUAGAGGAGCAUCUGCCCGAGAUCGACGCCCACCUCUCCAGCAUCGACCUCCCGCUGGCCCUCGUCAGCUUCCCCUGGUUCGUGUGCCUGUUCAUCGGCUACGUGCCCAUGGAGGUGGGACUGCGGAUACUCGAUCACUUCUUCUACGAGGGCUACGAAACCACGUUUCUGUUCAAAGUCGCGUUGGCCGUGCUCAAGCUCCAGCAGGACGAGCUCCUGGACCAGGUGGAUGGCUUCCACGUGUGUAACGUGCUUAAGCGACCAUCUGUCGAUUGCGAAGUUCUGCUCUCCACUGCACGGAACGACUUUGGCGGCAUCACGCGGGAGAAGGUGGAGGAGCUGCGGGACCAUCACCGCUCGCAGAUCCUCAAGGAGAUGGAGGAGAACAAGGCCAAGGAGAACAGCGCCGCCUACUCUGCGCCGGCGCUCGUACGCGGGUCGACGGCGCCGAUGUUGCCGCGGAGCCAGCUGCGGUCGGCCGACUCCUCGCCCGUGCCGUCCAACCCCGACUCGCUCGCCAACUCUCCCGUGACGCCGUUCCGCUUCGAGCGCGACCUCGGCGGUAGCGGCGGCACUGGGAGCAGCACGACCGCGCCAGCGGCGGCGAGCCGGUCGUUCCGGCUGCCGGAUUCCGACGUAGCCGACUCCGCAGUUGUAGCGGCCGCCGCCGUAUCGCCCCCUCGGCCGGACUUCGUGCCCAAGCUGGUGCUGGGUCGGCUGGAGGCCGAGCGAGGCACCGAGGCUGCAGGCGACAACCAGCGCCGGCCUCUGGUCAACGAGCUGUCGUUGGAGCAGAUUUUGGAGGAGCAGACGGAGCUUCCGCUCGCCAAGCCCGGCGGUCCUCAACUGGCCAGCGUUAUGUUCCGGAAGAGGAGCUUCUCGUCGACGGAGGUGGGCGAGGCAGCGCAGCCGCCAUGGCAGCAGCUGAUGAAGUCACGCCUCGGCCAAGCCGACAGCAGACCCGAGAAAUCGGCGGACGCUGCCGGGAGUUCGCACAAGGGCUCCGGGCACAGCACUGCUAAGGCCAGCGGCAGCGGCGAAGAGGAGCUGCCGGCGCCGCUUAGUCCGGUGCUGACCAGGCAGCGAUCGUCCUCGUCCGCCGACAUGGUCCUCUCACCCAAGCGACAGGCAUGUAACUCGCAGCACAUUCUCGAUGUCCUCACCGUGGCCCAGCAGGUGGGCUCCAAGGCCAUCAUCGAUGACCGGACGAAGGCGGUGGAUAUGGUGCGUCAGCUGCGGAUCAGCGAGAUCCACCAGCUCAGGGACUCGAUGAAGCGGGUGCGCGUGGCCCGGGCGCGCCUCUCCAAGGGCUCCGUUACCCACCGCGAGCUCCGCCGGAUGGCCACCGACGGUGGCAGCCUCCUGUCCCAGAUCGCCACCGCGAAGGCGGCGGCCGCAGCCGCGGCUCCGGCCCCGCGCACGCCGCCGGCCCGGCUCGCCCACCGGCCGAGCAUCACCGCAAGCGAAUCCGCGGCUACCACAAUCACUGCCGACAGCGGCACGCCUCUCACGCGCAGCGACGUCGGGACCCGGCCGGCUCCUUGCGAGCGCGAGGCCAAUAGCGACGACGAGGGGAACGGCGGCAACGACGAGACAACGGCCGCAGAGGAGCAGAAGGUGCGCCUGGCGGAGGCCGGGGUCAAGGGCGUCGUGGAGGAGGGCGAAGGCGAAGAGGAGACCGACAUCGACGAUGGCGAGCAAGAAGAGGAGGACGACGAAGAAGAAGAAGAGGUGAGCGACCAGGUCGAUAGCACCAACCUGCACUACGUCCAGAACUUCCUGCUGCGGCGCCGCAACACGGAGCACAACCUGUUCUCCCUCACGCGGCGGCUCAAGGGGUCGGCCACGGCGACUUCGGACCCGGCGCUGCCUCUGCAGCUGCGGCGUCACCCGUCGGCCGUAGUACUGCACGAGUACGACGACGCGCGGGCCAAACAGGCCAAGAGCUCGAGCGACGAGGAAGACGAGGACGAAGAAGAGGAAGAGGAAGCCUCAAGCGACGACUCGGACUGA